AUGGUGGUCUCGUACACGCAGGAGCACGUGUACCUCCACCCCUGGCACCGGGUCACCGCGGCGGCGUGGCGCAAGUUCACCGACCCGGCGGCGCUCUCCCACAUCCUGGACGUGCAGACGCUGUCCCGGGACGUCGACCCGCGCGCCGGCCGGCUCCACGCCGUGCGGGCCAUCGCGGGCCGGCCCCCGCCGCUCCCGCUCCUCCUCCGCGGCCUCGCGGCCACCGCCGGCGCCGGCGACGUGGUGCUCUGCGUGGAGCGCACCUCCGUGGACGCGGCCGCGCGCGCCAUGCGGGUGGUCUCCCGCAACGCCACGUUCCGGCGGCUGGUGGACGUGGAGGAGCGGUGCAGCUACGCGCCCCACCCGGAGCGGCCGGACGAGUGGACGGUGUUCACGCAGGAGACGAGCAUCCGGUGCGCGCCGCUGGCGGCCGUGUCGGCCACGGUGGCCGAGAUGGUGGAGCGGCGGUGCGCCGAGAGCUUCGCGCAGAACGCCGCCAGGGGGCAGGAGGUCGUCGAGAGGAUCUGCGACGGCCUCGCGCUCGCCGGCCGCGUGCCAGGACCCUCCCCUGCCGACGGAGAAGAACCGUAGAGACAGAGCACUGCGCAGAGCAUGCUCGCUCUCUGUUAUUUACUGAUGUGUAAAUACUGGCUGGGAGGCAAUAAGAAGUGAAAUUCUGUAAAUUCACGGUAUCCAUUGAUCAAAUUGCUCGA